UUUGCGCAAACUGUCAUCAAUGAGCAAUUCCUCCACUCCCUUGGGUUUGGUUAUUCGCGUAUCGGCUGUUGACGUAUACGCACACGUACUGUGAGCUGUGGCGGAAAUUUAAUACCAGAACACACUUAAAAUCGACAAAAUGCAUCGCUUCCAUCGGCUGGUCGGAGUGUCCAAUCGAGGCGUAGUGGUGGCGUGCGAUACUAAUGGUGCCGCCUGCUGGCUGGCUGGCAAAAGCCAGCAAAGAUGGCUUUCCGCAACGCCGCAAACGAAACCGAAGGAGCGCGCCGCGGCCGCCCCCACGGUCAACACCUCGUUCAUGGCGAAUCUGUUCCGUGGCGAAAUCGAACCGCUGCAGGUGUUCCCCUUUCCCGAUUCGCUAAAUCCGGACCAGAAGGAGAUGAUCGGUUCGUUGAUUGAUCCGGUCACCAAGUUUUUCGACGGCUACGAUCCAGUCAAGGCGGAAAAGAAUGGCGGCCCGGACGAGGCCACGUUCCAGAGCAUGUGGGAGAUGGGCCUGAUGGGCAUGCAGGCACCGGAGGAGUACGGUGGACUUGCCCUGCCCAACACCGGGUACGCCCGCAUGGGCGAGCUGGUCGGUGCGGCCGAUUUGGGGCUGGCGGUGGUGUUCGGCGCCCACCAGAGUAUCGGCUGGAAGGGUGUGCUGCUGUACGGUACGGAGGAGCAGAAGCGCAAAUACCUGCCCCAGGUCGUCACCGGUGGCACAAUCGCUUGCUUCUGCCUGACCGAGCCAAGCUCGGGCUCGGACGCUGGUUCAAUCCGCAGCCGGGCGGUGAAAUCGGCCGACGGUUCACAUUACGUGCUGAAUGGGUCGAAAAUCUGGAUCAGUGGCGGUGGGCUGGCGGACAUCUUUACCGUGUUUGCGCAGACGGAGGUGACGGAUCCGAAGACGGGCCAGAAGAAGGACAAGGUGACGGCGUUCAUCGUGGAGCGUGGAUUCGGGGGUGUGACCAGUGGGCCGCCGGAGGAUAAAAUGGGCAUCAAGUGCUCGAACACGGCCGAGGUGUACUUUGACGAUGUGAAAAUCCCGGCCGAAAAUGUGCUCGGUGGCGAAGGGAAUGGGUUUAAGGUGGCGAUGAACAUCCUAAACAACGGUCGGUUCGGUAUGUCGGGCACGCUCGCAGGUACAAUGGCCCACUGCAUCCGGAAGGCGGCCGAGCACGCGACGACACGCGUGCAGUUCGGGCAGAAGAUUGAAAACUUUGGCAACGUGCAGGAGAAGCUGGCCCGCAUGGCGAUGCACCAGUACGUGAGCCAGUCGAUGGGGUACAUGAUCUCGGGCAACAUGGAUGCGGGCCACACGGACUACCAUCUGGAGGCGGCCAUCUCGAAGAUCUUCUCGUCCGAGGCGGCCUGGUACGUGUGCGACGAGGCGAUCCAGAUACUGGGCGGCAACGGGUUCAUGAAAUCGAGCGGGCUGGAGAAGUUCCUGCGCGACAUCCGCAUCUACCGGAUCUUCGAGGGUGCGAACGACAUCUUGCGGCUGUUUGUGACGCUUACCGGCAUCCAGUACGCCGGGUCGCAUCUGAAGGAGCUGCAGCGGGCGUUCAAGAACCCGACGGCGAAUUUGGGGCUGAUCUUUAAGGAGGGUUCGCGCCGCGCGGUACGAAGCAUCGGGUACGGCGGCACGGAUUUGAGCACGUUCGUCGUUGACCCGCUGAAGGAAUCGGCCGCCCUGUGCGCGGACAGCAUUGAUCGGUUCUCGAAAACGAUCGAAGCGCUGCUGAUCAAGCACGGGAAGGGCAUUGUCGAUCAGCAGUUCCUGCUGAUCCGGUUGGCCGACUCGGCGAUCGACAUUUACGGCAUGUCGUGCGUGCUUUCGCGCGCUAGCAAGGCGGUGCGCGAGAAUAACCCUUCCGCCGAGCAUGAGCUGCUGAUGGCGAAGGCGUGGUGUGUGGAGGCAAACGAUCGAGUGCGCAUCAACAUCCGACGGGUGAACAAUGGUGUGUUUGUGAAGAACUACGACACGAUGAGUGCGAUCGCGAAGAACAUCUGCGCCCGGCAGGGAAUUGUGCAGUCGAAUCCGGUCGGAAUUGCGUAAAAAAGGGGUGCCAGGGUGACCUGCUGCCAUCAUCACUACACACACCACACCAUAUGCAACCAUAUAUUGUGAUAAAAAUCGUACCGAAAUUAAAGCGCGUGUUAAUUGUCGUUGUUACGUUUUCUACAUAUCAAAACAGGAAAGUUUAAAAGAGACGGAACUUUUUGCUUUUUUUUGACACGACGUUUGAUUUAGAUUACUUUAUUUAAAAUAAAUAAUAACACAACAUUCGCAGACA